UUCGACUCGGCUCAGCUGAAUGACUCAAACAUACAGUAGCUAGCGUUUCCACUCAUGAUCGUGGUGACGGAGAAAAUACACUUCAUUGACAGCUCGCCCGGGUAAUUAUAAUAUAAUGAUCCGAAGCCUGUCAGUCUGACAUCACUCAAAUCAAAAUCUGACUUGAGAACAUAGAGAGGGGUGUAUUUUUGCUGUCAGAAGUUGCUGCAAACAUGAGAGGUGUACCGUGGCUGCUUGUGGUGGUUUUGGCGUUAAGCUUUGAACUUGCGCUCUGUAAAGUUUGCUACGACGAUGUGGGUUGCUUUAGUCGAGUCUUUUUUACUUGCCAUCAUCGACACCCGGAAUCGCCGGCCAAGAUCGGCACGACGUUCACUCUCUUCACCCGCUCGACCGCCGGCGACGUCGGAGUUGGAGAGUCGAUGGACAGGAAAAUUCCGUCAACGAUUACGACGUCGAAGUUCGAUGCGAGGAGGGGUACGAAGAUUCUGAUACACGGCUGGAAGGGAAGUAUGGAGGGAUACAGGUGGACUGGUAUGAGGGACGCUUUGCUUUUGAGGGAAGACGUCAACGUGAUCAUGGUCGACUGGUCUUUGGGUGCUCGAAGACAAUACCCCACGUCGAGGGCCAACUCUCGCGUGGUCGGUCGCCAGGUCGCCAGGUUAAUCGAAGCCCUCAAUGUACACGGCGGGGCUCUUUAUAUCGACGUCCAUAUCAUUGGGCACAGCUUGGGCGCCCACAUUGGGGGCUACGCAGGGUCAUCCACCCACGAAAUGAUCGGAAGAAUAUCAGGUUUGGACCCUGCAGGCCCAGGGUUUGGCGGGAAACGGGUGAGGAACUUCUGUCGUCUAGACAAAUCCGAUGCAACUUUUGUUGACGUCAUACACACUGACGGUGAACUGAUCGCAAUGGGAGGGCUUGGGCUCAUGGAUGAGCUUGGCCACCAAGAUUUCUACCCCAACGGAGGGACGGACAUGCCCAAUUGCUACUUCAGCAUCAUCUGCGACCAUAUGAAAGCCAUUGCAUACUACACCGAGAGCAUCUCCAAAAGUACCCCAUGCCGCUUCAGGCCCACCACUUGGGCACCUAAAUGGGACAACUACAAGAAGGGAAUACAAACCCGGGACUGUCGGAACAUGGCUUGUCCCGAUAUGGGUUACACUGCAAGUCCCAUACAUGACGAAGGCGUGUUUUAUCUCAAAACAAAUAAAUAUUAUCCCUUCUGUCAAGGGUGAUAGGCGAUUUCAGGAAAAUUACCACAAAAUGGAAGUACGAAAGAAACAUCAAAACUCUUAUGUACACUUUGUUUAAACGUUGUGAUGAAGAUCUGGGCCCUGUAUUAUAAAGAGUUGAUAUCACUCGCAAAUUAUUUGCGAUUGAUAUCAAUCGCAGCUAUGUACACAAGAGAUAGGAGAUUGCAAACUUGCGAUUGAUCGGAGGACUUACGAUUGAUUUGGAUCAAUCGCAACUCUUUGUAAGACGGACCCUGUAGAUGCCUACUAUUAAAUGAUAACAGAUAUAUUAUGUACAUAUCAAAGUAAUUUCUACUUCGUUUCACCUUCGAAUGUAUCCACGGUCUCGCUCCGUCAUUAUUAUCUGAACUCCUGGGACCCGUUUCACAAAGCCUUUUUUCAAAGACAAAUAACAAAAAUCAGUGACAAAUCUGCUAAUAG